AUGAGCCCUCGCACUGCCGUGAUGCUAAACAUUUACGACCUUGUUGAAGCCAACGACAUCAUGGCGCCGCUGGGCCUUGGCAUUUAUCAUAGUGGCGUUGAAAUUGCCGGAGAGGAAUUUUCCUACGCGAGUGGUGCCGGUAUUUUUUCCACAAGUCCCAGACAAGCACCCGGCGCCAAGUUUCGUGAGUCUAUAAACAUGGGCGUUUUUGAGGGAAGUCCACACGAAGCCCAUCGUUUGGCUUACUCACUGAGUACAGACUUUGAAGGGACUACUUACAAUUUGUUUUCAAAAAACUGCAACACGUAUGCAGACGCCCUAUGCCAAUUGCUGCUACAUUGGACCAAGCGCCAGUGGCUCCGUCACAAGCUACCAUUGAACCGUCGCGACGCACCAACUUCAAUUACAUCCCAUUUGCAGGUUCCGGUCAAGCAGCUGGCGGUUCUGCAACCGCUCCAUUGUCUUCUGAUACGUCGACGUUGGUGGAUCGACGCGAAAAACUUCGUUCGGCAGUGCUGCGACGAAUGGAUAAGCAAGGACUUUAGUCUUUCUUCCUUGAGUUUGAUGUGUACAGCCAGUCUGUGA